CUCCGUGUAAAAGAGGUGUCAUACUAAAAAGUGACCCGUUCGUUUGACAACAGUUGGUGUCAAACCAUCGGGGUUUGAGUGUAUUCAACUUGUCUUUUAUUCUACAACCAAAUCUGCAUUUACAGACAAAAUAUGUUUUUUUUCAAUUCCCGGUUUUGGAAAAAAAACCCGGGAAUUCUGGUCUUGGACGCACUAGUCAGGGAUGACUAUUUGGGGUUGGGACAAUUGAGUAGGGUAGAGUAGUCAUCAAUGAGACACGGGGAACAAUGAUAAAAUGACUCUCACAAGUCGUAGUUUCAACCAAUCAGGUUCAUAUUUGGGGGAUAGGUGUGUCUACUGGAUACACGUCUGCCAUUAUAGUGGCUUUGGUUAUGGACGCUCCCUUGAAGAGUUAUUUAUAAAUGUUUGAUUUUGGAGUGUAAAAGUAAAUUAUGGACAAAAAAUACUUUUUCGCUCGUAGACUGCCUUUUACACCAAAACUAAUAUUUCUUCAAAUUUCUUUCGACGUUCCACAGGGAUUGAGUUGGGCUACAAUGUCCAUUCUUUGGUUUGACCAAAAUUUAGAAUAUACCCAGAACCCAGGGCUGUCUCAUUGUUCCCCACUCAUUUCAACUCAUGGGUAACAAUGAGACACUUCAAUUUUUCUUCAUUAAACUUUUCAAAAUCUAUGGAAUUCUUUCAAAACAUGAGUUAAAAGUGAUUUUUGGCAUAUUUAUAGAGUUUUGACUUCAAUUUACCAAAAAUACAAAGUUAUUUGGUACAAAUAUAGGGAUUUUUAAUAUUUUUUAGUAUAACUUUUGUUAAUAAAGUUUCAUUUGUUUUGUUAAUAAAGUUUCAUGUUGGCAAAAUUGCUCUAAAAUGUUCAAGGCAAGUCACCUGCAAUGGAACAAUACAAAUAUAUGAUGUUUUACUAGAAAAAUGUUGAUUUUCGUAGAGUGUCUCAUUGUUCCCCACCUGUCUCAUUGUUCCUGCCAAGUGCGUCUACAAUGAGACAGUUGAAAAACGCUGGCUGUAGAUGUCGGAUCGAUCUCAUAUUUUGGUCAAUGUUAGAACACAUUAAAAGAAAGAAAAUGCAACAAAAAGCUCAUUAAAACAUGCUGAUAAAAAAUUAGAAAAAUCGUUGAAAGAUGAAAACCAAAAGUGUCUCAUGGAUGACUGAUGGUGAUUUAUCAACAAAUUUUGUUACUACUUCGAAGGUGUAUUUCUUAACCGUUUGUACAUUUUUAGUAGUAUUUCUUAUGGAGCAUUUUAUAGAAAUCAUUUUUGCAUGAGUAUUUUGUGGCAACAUGUUCGACAUGAGUUUCUGAACAGAAUGUAGAACUAGGCUUUUGUCAAACUUUCAAUUUUUCGCAUGUUCCAUCUGUUGUGUACAGUAAGGAAGCAUUUUGGUGCCUGUUGUAAGUGAAUGUUUAAGAAAUUUUAACCAUUCGUUAAAACUUCUUUUAAACACCCGUUUCUUUAGAUUCUCGGUGCCAUCAACGUCGUAAUGCUAGCCGUACCAUACCGCUGGUACCACGCGUACGAUCCUCAAGUGUUCUUUCUCCUCACGGCCGCCGUUUUCUUUGUGCUAACAUUCUGCCUGCUGGCCUCCAGCCUGGUAACCCUACGAUCGGGUGAACUCAUCUCGCAAACCGUGUUCGAACUGAUCUACCAUGUGGUUGGGUUUGUGUUUUACCUGAUUGCAUCAGUUUUGCUGUUGAACCACUUUCUCCAUCGCUGGUAUGGGAUCAAGUACGUGAUGUACCACACUGUUGCUAUUAUUCUCGGUUUUGUCAACACAGCAUUGUACAUCUUUAGUGCCAUUCUUGUUAAAUGAUCCUUGAAAUAAACUAAAGUUUGAAUUAAAGUUGAAAUAUAAAUCUGAA